AAUGGCUCAAAGCUAAGUUAAAACAAAUAUAUAAAAUAUAAAACAAAUUCCAAAUUUUUCCAGAUUUUUUUGCAAAAUUUUUUUCUCAUUUUUAAAGUAUAGCUUGGAUGAUCAUUGCAUAACAGCUGUCAUAGUUUACCAAUUUUUAAACCCAGAACAAUAAAAUUGUCAUCAAUUUUGUAUAAGUAUAAGAAAUACAACAUCAGAUGUAAUAAAUAGCUUUUAAGAACAUGAUUUUUUUUAAUUUGUUAAAAGAAAGAUUCUUUCAUAGAAAUGAUCUUAUUGUCACAACAUAAUAAUGAUGAUGUUGUUUACAUUCAGUCUAAAAAAUUAGUAUUUGUUAUUUCAAAGUUUUUAACUGUCAUCAAUUGGAAGUUAACAUUAACUUUGUUUCCCCAUGGAUCAUCUUGCAGUACUCCCAUUCUUCUAUCAAUUAAGGUAUCAUUAUGUUAUUUAAUAAGCACAAGAUUUUCUGAAGAAAGAAAAAGUGAUUCUUCAAAUGACUCUUCAAGUUCUUCAAAUGGGUCAUCAGAUUCUUUAAACAACAGUCCGGCAUGUAUAAACAUUUUUGAUGAAGUUGAAAGUAAAUGGCUGUUGUUAUAUGACGGAGACUUCUUGUUACAAUGUGUCCCUAUUUUACUACAAGGAAGUUCAAUGGAAGGUUGUUCGUUGGCUCGAUUAGCCAAUCCGACAUUAAAAGAUAUUUUUGAAUUUGAAAUUGAUCUUAAUGUUGUUGUUGGAACCGUGAGUCGAAUGCAGUUUGAAGCUUGCUAUGAACCGUUGGAUCAAAGUAAAGCAUUUUUUCACUAUGUCAUUAAAAACAACUUGGCUGAUGAUGUAAAUAUAUGUAUAAAUUUACCUGAAGAUAUCGAAAAUGAAACUGUUUUUACUGUCUCUGAUCAAAUUCAAUCCAAGCAGUAUUUGUCGGGUAUAGUGUUGAAAAAAUUUAUUUAUAAUAGUCAACCGACAACAAAUAAUCCACUUGAAACCAUUAGUGUGCGGGGAAUACAAGGAUUAUACAGCGAGACGUGUAAAAAAGCAAUCGUAGGUUGUUCAGCUUUUUUAAGCCUUAACACUGAAACUAAUAAUAAAAAUAAUAUGAAACUAAAUCUAUCAGAGUUGGCAACACAAGCAAAAAAUCAGUUAAUUUAUUUAGGUAACAAACUCCAAGAGUUUAUAGAAGUAGAUAGUAGGAGUAUUGAAAUCUUCACAAGAUCUUUGAAUGAGUUUAAUAGGCUUAAUGAAAUGAUAAUUGCCAAUGAUGUUAAAGGUUAUGAAAUGAAUUGGAGUGAAAGUGAAUAUGAAACUCAAUAUUCUGAGUUUAGUAUUAAAGACGGUUUGUGUUCUAAAAUAAUAGAUUUCGAUGAUAAUAAACAAAACGAAAAACUUGAUGACCGGUUGAAAAUCAAUAAUUUUUUAACUGAGCACGAGAUAUCUUUAAGAUGUGAUAUUCCUUUAAAAUCUCUACAGAAUGAGAUUAUAGCUGCUCUUACGGAAUGGACUUGUAAGUUUACAGCACUUCAGAGUUUAACUAUUGAAAUGCAAAAAUUUUGUAGUGACAUAAAAGUUAUUCUUCUUAACUUUUUUAAUAUAUGUUUUGAUAAAUAUGUUUUACAAACCUUUCCAAAUAUAUACUUUAGAGUCCUUGAUGAUUUAAUUUUGGCGUGGUCAAAUGAUAAAAGCAAUUUGAAUGAAUCGAUAAAUUUAGCUCGUUUAAUUUGCAAUAUAAAAAGAUUUAACGAGCCUAAUCUUUCUUAUCAUAUGUUAUUUAACAAAGCAUUUAAUGAAUUUAUUCAACCUGAACUUAAUAAUGCAAUUAGGUUAAUUGAAGAAAGUUUAUCUUCUAAUAAAAAAAGAAUCUCUACUGAAAUUCUUAUUGAUAAUGUACCCUGCUUUUAUGCGCCAUUUUGGCCCGAACCUGCUUCUGCUUGGGUAACAAGAAAAAGAAUUUGGCCUGAUAAUCAACUCGUCGAGUCAAUUCAGCGUAAUGGCUUUCAUUUUGUCCCAAAAUCUUUACCAGAAGGUGAGGAAAAAUUGGAAUGGCGUUUGUCCUUUUCUGCAGCAGAAUCUGUUUUAAGUCUACAUCGAACAGAAAAACAAAGUUACAUUUACUUUCUUUUCAAGUCAGUGUUUUACCGGUUUGUAAAAACGUAUUCACUUGAAAAAUCAUUAACCUCGUAUCUAUGCAAAACAGUUAUGAUGUGGGUUUGUGAAAAACAACCACUCUCGUGGUGGGAAGCAAUAUCACCUGAAGAGGGGGUUUUAUAUUUGUUAAGGAAGCUUAAUAAAGGUAUUAAACAAAAAAAAAUAAAGCAUUACUUUAUUGAAGACUUAAACUUACUAGAACAUUAUCCAUGUGAUGUUUUAAUUUCUGCUAAGUUGAGUUUGUUUGAUUUAGAAAAUAAUUUUGGUUAUAAGUUACAAUCUUUAUUAGAAUCAAUGAGUAAAAAGAUAGAAGGAGCUCAAGAUAAUUUAACCAUGAAGUACGAAAAUUUAAAGAACAACAUUAAGCAAACGAGUCUUUUUCAUUUUUCGGCAGCAUUUAUUUAUAAGCAAAAUUCUUUGUAUAAAAUGAAAUGCGUGUUGGUAAAUUUAGUUAAAAUGUUUUGGUACCAGUAUUUUGUGAAAACUAACGGUAUUUAUGAAGAAAUAUCUAGAAUAAAAGCUCAUGCUAUAUUUGAUGCUACCCAAAUUGAUGCUAUUCAAAAAAUAAUGCAAUUCCAUGAGUAUGAAGUGUUGAAACAGACGUAUAUGGCCCAGAAAAAAAAACUUGAUAAAAACAUCUUUCGACUUACAGCGUUAGAUAAGUCAAUAUCUACUUAUUUUUCUGGAUUAAAAUCAUUAAUAAUGCUUAGCUGUUCUAAUUGCAGCGUUUGUGGACAAAGAAUAUUGUGUGGAAGUAAAAGGUUUUUUUGCAGUACCUGCAUCAAUCAGGAAGGUUUUGAAAUAUGUUUAAUUUGUUUUAAUAAUACAAAGGAUAAGUUUAAAUAUUCAAUUAAAAAUCAAUUAGAUAACACUGAUUUACAACUUCCGUAUCUUGUUCCUAAUUCGCCUUGUAUUGCUCAAUUUGAUAAUUUUUCAUUGUUUUGUAAAAAUAAAUCUGGGUUUGAAUUUUUUGAAUCGAAACAAAUGCACAAAGAAUCUGACCUUAGGCAAAAUUUAAAACUUAACUCGUUUGUAGAGCCAACUUUAUUUAUAGAAAGUAUCAGUCAACAGUUCUUAGAACCUGAUGUAAAGGAACAAAACAACUUAUCUGUUAUCAGUAUCUGUCCCUUCUAUGAAGAAAAUCACCAAUUUCAAUUGAAUGAAUGUACGCGUGCUUUUUGCUUUACAAAAUUUUAUGACCCGCCUUCUGAUGAACGCUACGCCAAAUUUUUUUUUGACAAAAUGCAGCACUGCAUACAGAAAUACUAUGACGUCGCUACUAGGUGUGUUCCUUUAAAAUAUUCAACAAAUAUGCGACGAGAUUUACCUGGGGAACUAAUGAAACAAACCCCCUUGCAUAAAUAUUUAUGCCCUGUCAGCGAAGAUAAUUUGAUAAGUAAUACAACCAAAUCAAAAUUUGAAAAUAACCAAGAAUAUUCUUCUGAUGUUUUAAAAGACGAGACAGAGAAAUUAUACAACGAGUUUAAUGGUGUCAUUAAAAGUUUGAGGGCGGAUGAAAAAAGGAUUUUAAAAUUACGUAAUUUAAUUCAAAUUUUUGAAAACAUUUUUUAACCUUGUGGAAAUAACAUUUAUAACAUGUAAAACAUAUUUUUAGUAUAUUUUAGCCAUUUUGACAUUAAAAAUUUGAUCGAAACUUAUAUAUUUGGCUCACUACUAAUGUCUACUUUGGAUCACUACUACUGCAAUCAAAAUUUUUUGGAAUUUUUGUAAAGAAUUUAUGACAAACUUUGAUAAUAAUUUUAUUUUUAAAUAACAUGAAAAAGAGAAACAUUUAAGUACUAAAUAAGAUAUUUAAAUAUUUUGUGCUUAAUUUCAAUAA